AUGGAGGGUAAUCCAAUGUGGUGUUUCCAUCAGAAAAUGAAGAGGUUGGCAGCCACUCUUAGUACUUGGUCCAGAUUGCAAUUUGGUGAUAUAUAUGCCAAAGUUAAAGAAUAUGAAGACAAGACUAGACAUGCAGAGGAAGAGCUAAUCUCUAGUAAUUCUAAAGAGAACAGAACAAAGCUCCAUGCGAUCAAUGCAGAGUAUAUAAAAUACCUGAAACUGGAGGAAUCCAUGCUAAAGCAAAAAACUCAGUUGCAUUGGUUCAAAGAGGGUGAUGUGAAUUCCAAGUAUUUUUAUGCCUUGAUAAGAGGAAGGAGGAGGAAAUUAUACAUCCAUAAGAUCCAGAAUAAGGAUGAUAAUUGGGUACAAGGUGAAGAAACCAUAGCCAAAGCUGCAUGUGAACACUUCCAAGCCAUUUUCACUGGUGAGGAGACAUAA